AUGAAAAAAACUACUAAUCCCAAGAAAACUAAGUCCAACAAGAGUUUUAAGACCUACUUAAAGCGGAUUGAAGACCCUAAUUAUCAAGGGGGUUCUUGGGCUUUGCCGGAGAAUGCUACUACUUCGGAAAAAACCAAAUACGAAUUGUGUGAAAAAGUAAUUAAAUAUAAGCGAAAUAAGCAGUUUACUACCGAAAAAUUAGCCCAAAAAAUCCAAUUAAGUAAAGCGGAAAUGGAAGAUAUUCUCUACUGUCGGAUUGAUUACCUAACCUUAGACCGCUUACUAGCCUACACUGAUAAGUUAUUUGCUCCUGCCCAAGUAGAAAUAGUUAUUAAAGAACCAAAACCACGAAAAAGAAUCAAAAUAACCAUUACUGACUAUUACCAACAAAAACCCGGACGGAAAAUGAUUACUCAUGAGUUAAUUGUUGAAUUAGUCAAAACCUUGAAUGGUCGCCAAGCCGAACCUGAACCCAAGGAAAAUCCUAAUGACCAAGAUGCUGAAGAGUUAGGGAUAAAUAUUUUAGAUGAUAUAGAAAAAACUGGAAUAGAAACUUGGAUUAAAGAAAUGCUUAUCAUUUAUGAUAAUAAAAAAACUAACACUAAUAAAACCCCACAACAACAGAGUGAUUUAGAUACCAAAAAGCAGCAAUUAAAAGAUUUAGAAAAUAAACAAAAAGAGUUAGAAAAACCCUUAGAUUUAACAGUUCUAAUUACUAAAUUACAGUCUGAGAUUAAGCAGUUAGAAAAGAAAACUAACCGAACUGAAGCCGAAGAAAACUCUUUACAAAUUAAAAAGAAACAGUUAGCCGAAUUAUUAGCCAAGCAGAAUAAUAAGUUCUACUGUUUUCUAACUAAUGAAAUUCCAGUCUCUGAAUCAAAUAUUAACAAUGAUGAAGAAGAAGAAAAAGAUUGA